CGUGCUGUAUUUAAAAGACAGAGCGUCCGCGUGCGCGUAAACAAACGCACGGUGCCGCUUUCAGAGCGCGUUGUGUCGAGUCGACAUGUCUUCUCUGAGAGAAUAGUGUUCCUCUGUCGUGUCGGGAAAACAAAUAAAGAAAACCCGUAGAGGCGAGAAGUAAUGUUAGUUGUGUGUGUUUCCUUUGUGUUUUAUUGAGAGAUGUUAAGGGAGUUGGUGUGCGGCGCUGUGGCUCUGCUCCUGUACGUGAACACACUCGACGCGGAUUUCUGCUACGAUGACAGUCGUGCUAUCAAAACCAAUCCAGAUCUCCUGCCUGAGACGCCUUGGACCAACGUACUGUUCAGCGACUUCUGGGGCACUCUGCUCACUCACAGCGGCAGCCAUAAAUCCUUUCGGCCACUCUGCACACUCUCUUUCCGCCUCAACUAUGCUCUGGGAGGCCUAGAGCCGCGAGGCUACCACUUAUUUAAUGUGUGCCUGCACUGCUGUGUCACAGCUCUGUUCACUGCACUUUGUGACCUCCUGUUAGCCGGAGGAUCCUGGAGUCUGCUGGCUGGACUUCUCUUCGCCUCUCACCCAGUGCAUACUGAGGCAGUAGCGGGACUGGUAGGACGUGCAGAUAUGGGUGCUGCCCUGUGCUUUCUGCUCUCCCUACUCUGCUACAGGUGCCACUGCAGGCUCCGGCCACACGCUGGAAAUUCGUGGUGCAUGAGGUGGAGAGUGCAGGCAUGGCUGGCUGGUAGCCUGAUUGCUGCAGCAGCAGCCAUGUUGUGGAAAGAGCAGGGGGUGACCGUCCUGGCCGUGUCAGCUGUCUAUGACAUCUGUGUUGUCCACCGCAUGCAACUGUAUCAUGUGCUAGCAGUCCUCCUUAAGAGGAAAAAUACAACCCUGCUGGUAAGCCUGGCUUGGCUGGCUGGUUGGGGAGCAGUCCUGUUGGCAGUUCGACUGUACUGGAUGGGCUGCAAGCCGCCACAGUUCUCCAACUCAGACAACCCAGCAGCUGAUUCACCUCACCUCCUCACCAGAACACUCACCUUCUUGUACCUGCCACCUGCCAAUGCUUGGCUCCUUCUCUUUCCACACACCCUUAGCUUUGAUUGGUCUAUGGAUGCCAUACCACUAGUCACAAACAUUUCUGAUUGGAGGAACUUGUGCUCAUUGGCAUUUUACACAGGUUUUGUGCUGCUUGCUUGCUUUGGCUUAAGAAGCAGAGAUUCUGCCACUUUCCAAAUAACCAAUGGAAAAUCCCAUACCAUGAAUGGAAAAUCUCCGGUUAAUGGGCACGGCCUGCAUUUUUCUGACAUCAAUGAUAAACAUGGCAACAGCCACCACCACAGUGGCUUAACUUCAUCAGAAGUUUUUGUCAGCGCCCAGAAUGGGUAUGCCAAACCCCUUCAUACUGCUACUCACACAUCACUGCCAUCCAAAGAGAACAUUGUGGUCUUCUCACUUGGUCUGCUGGCUUUGCCUUUUCUCCCUGCCACCAAUCUGUUCUUCUAUGUCGGCUUUGUGGUGGCUGAGAGGGUUCUCUACAUCCCCAGCAUGGGCUUCUGUCUACUAGUGACACUUGGGAUUAGGUCCAUGUUUGUAAAAAUGAGGCGGAGAAGCUCCAGGGCACUGCUUGUUGGCUGUGCUGCUGGACUUGUCCUGCUUUACAGCCUCAGAACAGUGUGCAGGAACCAGGACUGGCAGAGCGAAGAGAUGCUCUACAGGUCUGGCAUCACUGUUAACCCCGCCAAAGCUUGGGGUAAUCUUGGCAAUGUCUUGAAGACCCAGGGUAAAGUGGUAGAAGCAGAGGAAGCAUACAGAAGUGCCCUAUACUACCGUGGCAACAUGGCUGACAUGCUCUACAACCUCGGUCUGUUGCUGCAAGAGAGUGAACGUUUCUCUGAGGCUCUGGAUUACUAUAAACUGGCCAUCCAAAGCAGACCGACUCUGGCAUCGGCAUAUUUGAAUACUGGCAUUAUACUGGAGUCUGAGGGAAAUGUGGAAGAGGCCAAGCGCACAUUUCAGAAGUGUGCCAGCAUCCCAGAUGAGAACCUGAAGGACCCUCAUGCUCACAAAAGUGCAGUCACUAGCUGCCUGUACAAUUUUGGCAAGCUGCUCCAUGAACAGGGUCAGCAAGAGGAAGCCCUGUCCAUUUAUAAAGAGGCUGUGAAGAAGAUGCCUCAUCAGUUUGCACCACAGAGCCUUUACAACAUGAUGGGUGAGGCCUAUAUGAAACUAAAUAAGUUUGAAGAUGCAGAGCACUGGUACAGAGAGUCACUUAAGGCCAAACCAGACCACGUCCCUGCCCACCUGACAUAUGGCAAGUUGCUAUCUAUUAUGGGUCAUAAAACUGAGGCAGAGCAUUACUUCCUGAAGGCAAUAGAGCUGGAGCCCACCAAGGGGAUGUGUUAUAUGCACUAUGGUCAGUUUUUGGUGGAACAGUCUCGAUUAGGAGAAGCUGCUGUGAUGGCUGAGAAAGCUGCUGAACUGGACAACACAGAAUUCGAUGUAGUUUUCAGUGCUGCUCACAUACUCAGACAGGCAAGUCUGAACGAGGCAGCUGAAAGGUAUUAUGGGAAGGCAGCAGACCUUAGACCAGAUUAUGCUGCUGCUCUGUUGAACCUCGGGGCCAUCCUCCAUCUUAAUGGAAAGCUUGUGGAGGCCGAGGCCAAGUACUUGCGCGCGCUGCAGCUCAAACCUGACGAACUGAUCACGCAGUCCAAUUUGCGCAAACUCUGGAAUGUCAUGCACAAACGAGGCCUGAAGAGCGUGGGGUCAUGAGCAUACUUUCUAUCCCAAGCUCUGUAAAGCAGAUACAUUUGACAGUGAGGAUUUGAGGCUUGCGAGCCUCUAGUGUUGAGAGGUUUAGUAAUCUGAUUCAGCACCACAGCACUGAUUUAGAGGAGAAGGAGCUUGCAUGGGCCCCUGUGGGAACACUGAAAUAAACAGGUACAUGGUCAGGGAACAUCCUUGCCUUUAUGAAUGGCCAGAACCAGUACUGGUGUGAGUCACAGGGCAUCAAAUUCACCUCCAGGAACCUACAGUGUGAUGUCUGCACUGCAAAAUCAAAUGUGUUAGUUGUGCUUUUUUUAUUUGGGAAAUAAAUUUGCAUUACUGAAGUUUGAACUGUGUGAAGAUCACGAGCUUAAGUAAAAUGUCCUGAAGCAAUGACUAUCAUGAAGAACAUUCCACAAAAUGAAAGAGAAAUUGUUUGGAAGUGUCUUAUUGUAUAGUGUUUUAUAAAGUAAAUUUAUAAAGGUUUAUAAAGUACAUGUUAAUUUAUUACAGUGUUCUGUUUAUUUUUCACUUUUUCACAAUGUCUGUGAGUGAUUUAUCUGAGAAUCUCCUUGGAAAUUCUCUUGGUUAUUUAUCCUGCUGCUUUAUCUUAUACAUUUUGUAAUUGUACAACCCUAAUUCCAAAAAAGUUGGGACGCUGUGUAAAAUGUAAAUAAAAACAGAAUGCAAUGCUUUGCAAAUCUCAUAAACCCAUAUGUUCCUCCAGCUGUUUCUCUUAAGUAACACUUACUUUUCCAGCCUUUUGUUGCCCCUGUCCCAACUUUUUUGAGACAUGUUACAGUCACCAAAUUCAAAAUUAUCUUAUUUUUUUCUUAAAAUGGUACAUUUCCUCAGUUUAAACAUGUGAUAUGUUUUCUAUGUUCUAUUGUGAAUAACAUAUGGGUUUAUGAGACUUGCAAAUCGUUGCAUUCUGUUUUUAUUUACAUUUUACACAGUGUCCCAACAUUUUUGGAAUUGGAGUUGUAAUUUUAUUAUUGAUAUACUGUAGCUUAUAUGUUACAUGGCCAAAAGUGUGGACUAUGUGGACUCUUGAUCAUUUUGGAACAUGGCUCUGAGGAUUUGCCUAGUGUUGAAUAUUUAGCUAAUAUUGUUGCCAUUUCUUUAUGGAUAUCACUUGGUGCACAGUGGGAAUUGUCACGCUAGAACAGGAAAAGGGUUUCUGUAAACUGUUGCCAGAAACAUGGAAGCACACAAUUCUUUAAAAUGUGAUUGUAUGCUCCAGCAUUAAGAUUUUCCUUUACUAGAAUUAAGGGUCUUGGUCAAACAGCCCCUGUUCAGUUUUUCUCCUCUACCAAACAUUACAGCUUGCGCUAUGCAUUCAGACAUCCACUUGCCUGAUCUGAUGCACUGUUAUCAGUGGGUGUGGCUGACACACCCACAGUACUGCGUUCUUCAGAUUUUUGGCCAUGUAGUAUAUAAGUAGUUCUUGGAUUACACAUUUGAACAAAAAGGCAAUAAAAGUACAUGCUGAAUCCCGAGAA